UGGUGGAGGGGGCUGAUCCGGAAGGGUGGGCGCUGCGGGCGAGGCGGCGGGAAGGUUUUUACACGCGGAACAGUUGACAGGGCCCCUGCCGACCUCGACAGUGCUGCUGGUGGACAUGUUACCAUAUUUGUUCUCUCACUUCAGAAGGACGUUUGGAUCUCCGGGUCACUUUUAGAAUGGCUUCCAUCCCAGCUCUAACAGAUGAACUGGAGUCUGUGUCCAGUGAGCUCCAUGCAGUUGACAUCCAGAUUCAAGAACUUACAGAGAGGUACCACGAGCUCCUUCAGAGAAAGUCAGUCCUGACAAAGAGAAUCAAGCAGUGCUUAGAGGACUCUGCUGCCGAGGCGAGCGGCGACUGUGACACGUCUCCAGCUGCAUGGAGUAAAGAAGAUUUCCCAUGGUCUGGAAAGGUAAAACAUAUGCUGCGAGAUGUGUUUAAACUGCAGAAGUUCAGACCUCUGCAGCUGGAGACUGUCAACGCCACUUUGGCGAGAAAGGACAUCUUUCUUGUCAUGCCCACAGGAGGAGGGAAGAGCUUGUGCUACCAGCUGCCAGCGCUGUGCUCAGACGGUUUUACACUGGUGAUUUGUCCACUCAUCUCUCUUAUGGAAGAUCAGCUGAUGGUUUUACAACAGUUGGGGAUUUCAGCUACUAUGUUGAAUUCUUCUAGCUCUAAGGAACAUGUAAAAUGCGUGCACGCUGAAAUGAUGAAUAAAAACUCCCACUUAAAGCUGAUUUAUGUGACUCCAGAGAAAAUUGCAAAAAGCAAGAUGUUCAUGUCGAGGCUAGAGAAAGCCUAUGAGGCCGGGAGACUGACUGGAGUGGCGGUGGAUGAAGUGCAUUGCUGCAGUCAGUGGGGACAUGACUUCAGGCCGGAUUACAAAUCACUCGGCAUCUUGAAGCGCCAGUUUCCCAACAUCUCACUGAUUGGGCUGACAGCAACAGCAACCAACCAUGUUUUGAAGGAUGCACAGAAAAUCCUAUGUGUGGAGAAAUGUUUGACAUUUACAGCGUCUUUCAACAGACCAAAUCUCUACUAUGAGGUUCGGCAGAAGCCCUCGAAUGCUGAAGACUUUAUCGAAAACAUUGCAAACCUCAUUAAUGGACGGUACAAAGGAAAGUCAGGAAUCAUAUACUGUUUUUCUCAGAAAGACUCUGAACAAGUCACCAUUAGCUUACAGAAGCUGGGGAUCCGUGCAGGCACUUACCAUGCCAACAUGGAGCCGGAGGACAGGACCAAGGUUCACACGCAGUGGUCAGCCAAUGAGCUUCAGGUGGUAGUGGCAACAGUCGCAUUUGGCAUGGGAAUUGAUAAGCCCGACGUGAGGUUUGUCAUCCAUCAUUCAAUGAGCAAAUCCAUGGAGAAUUACUACCAAGAGAGUGGGCGUGCCGGUCGCGAUGACUGGAGAGCAGACUGUAUUCUGUAUUACGGCUUCGGAGACAUAUUCAGGAUCAGCUCGAUGGUGGUCAUGGAGAAUGUGGGACAGCAGAAGCUGUAUGAGAUGGUGUCAUACUGCCAGAAUAUCAGCAAGUGUCGCCGUGCGUUAAUAGCCCAACAUUUUGAUGAAGUGUGGAAUGCAGACGCCUGUAACAAAAUGUGUGACAACUGCUGUAAAGACGACUCGUUUGAGAAAAAGAAUAUAACCGAGCACUGCCAAGCCCUGAUCAAGAUUCUGAAGCAUGCAGAAGGACUGAAUGAAAAGCUCACCCCACUGAAGCUGAUUGAUGCUUGGAUGGGAAAGGGAGCAGCCAAGUUCAGAGUGGCUGGCGUUGCUGUCCCAGCCCUUCCCCGAGAAGACCUGGAGAAAAUCAUCGUACAUGCUCUCCUGCAGCAGUAUCUCAAGGAAGACUACAGCUUCACGGCUUAUGCUACCAUCUCGUAUCUGAAGGUGGGACCCAGAGCUAGUCUUCUCAGCAACGAAGGCCAUGCUGUCACUAUGCAAGUGAAGAGGUCCACCCAGAGCAGCGUUAGGGCUGCGUCACCUGGAGCUUGUGGAGUGGAUUCAAAGGGGAAAGAAAAGAGCUCAGGUAACUUCCAGAAGUCUAAAAACAGGCUUCAGCCAUCUGGCUCUAAGAACACAGGCGCUAAGAAAAGAAAACUUCAUGAUGCUUGAGUGUUACUUAAUCUGACACAAUGUAACUGCUUAUGUGUGUUUAUGUGUGGGUCACUUUUAUAAUCAGCUAUAAUUUUUGAAACAACUUUAUGUUUUAUACAUAUAAAGCUGUUAUUUUCAGAGCUUACUUACAUAAUAAUGAGAAGUACAACUUUCAUGUAAAGUUGUCUAAACAUGAUAUAGCUGACAUUAAGUCCACGUAGCUUUUGUAAGCCCAUUUGCCUUGCUGUAACUAGCUGUUAUCUUCUGACGUGACUCUCCUUUAAAGCAGUACAAUGCUGACAUGGGCUCACCUUUCCAAGUGGGUGACAUUUUAAGCUGAGCAAUGUGGAUGACUUCUGGUGAGAAAAGCUGCUGUUCUUGUUCAGAUAGAAACAGUAAGUCGACAGUAAUGAAUGUAUCAGCAAGAAGGCUCUGCACAAUCUGCACACUGAUCUAAGUAAACCGAGACAGCAAGCCUCCUGAAACCCCAGCCUUACUAUGAUGUUCAGGCAAACAAAGGAUCUGGUGCUUUGUAUGAGUCAAGGUUUAUUGUCAACUGUGUACUAGAAGUGUUCAUCUGCAAAUCAGUCAUUAAAUAGAUCCAUCCUAAGGA